AUGAAGUUUUCUACUGCUCAACUAGUCACUUUGGUCUUUGCACUCAGCGUCUCCGCCGCACCAUCCCUUGCUCGACGUGAUUGCGACCUUGAUCUUCCAUCCAACAAAACCGAUUCUUCUUUGUUGGAUACUGGUGGCGUGGAGGCAGAGGCUUCGACCACCAAAAAGGCUUCUGUAAAGUCCACCAAGGCAUCUUUUACACCCGGACCAGAGGCCUCAGCAACCGGGGAUACCACUCCAGAAAGCACCAAGGCAUCAUCUAGUGGAUCUCAGGCGUCAAAAACAGGCGAUACCAGUACCCCAAAGCCAACCAGUGGAACAUCUACUGGUAAUGGCACUUCCUCGAGCGGUGGCAGCCUGCCACCAUCUUCUGGAACCUCCGUUCUGUCUGUAGUUCAGACCAUUGCCGCUGGUGAAUCUUUUGAUGGUGGAAUGUUCACCUUUGAUCGUGGUGUUUCUUGCACUGGUCAGGCAGAGGGUGGUGGUUCUGAUGCAGUUUUCCAAAUUGAGAAUGGUGGUUCUAUUUCUAACGUCAUUAUCGGAAAGAACCAAAUCGAGGGAAUUCAUUGCCAAGGUAACUGCAAGUUGAUAAAUGUUUGGUGGGAAGAUGUUUGCGAGGACGCUUUUACCAUUAAGAAGCAAGAUGCCGGUGAGACCAGCACAAUCACAGGAGGCGGAGCUUUCGGUGCUGAAGACAAAGUCCUCCAACAUAACGGUGCUGGAACUCUUAGCGUCACUGGCUUCACCGUUGGCAACUUUGGAAAGCUCUACCGUGCCUGCGGUAAUUGCGCAACAACCGCGGAGCGCCACGUCAUCUUGGACGAUAUCACGGCAACUGAUGGUGAUGUCUUGGCCGGUGUGAAUGGAAACUUCGGUGAUACUGCUACCAUUACCAACUCCAAACUUUCCGGUGUCAAGAGCGUUUGCACCAAUUUUGAAGGUGUUUCCAAGGGCAAUGAGCCUUCCGAGAUUUCAGAGGGCGCUGAUGGUAAGGUCUGUAUCUUUGGCUCUGAUGUUGUCAGCAGUUAAAUGCUUUGUGGCUGUCCAGCAGUUCUCCUAUAAAACAUUAAGAGGUAGUCUGUUCAUUAGGAUGUGUAGGUUGGGAAAAGCUUGUUGUUGUACAUGCCUUUCGUUUCUUCCGUUCUCUCUUAGAAUUCUUGACACUUGUCAAAGUCUUCUGAGAACAACACCUUAGAUCUAAAUACGAAUCUUGAGCGCCAUGGUUCGAAAGACUGUGGCCAGUCAAACAAAAUUUGUCAAU